GUGACCUGUCCUGGGCUGACUACUCCAGCUAACGGGAGACUCAGUACUGGUGACACCAGUGCUGGGACCACGGUGUUCAUCGACUGUGAUCAAGGUUACAUUUUUGAUCCAAAUACUGGACACAAUAUCACAUUGUGCCGCUCUGACGGAACAUGGAACGCCACUCUGGGGAGCUGCACUAGUGAGAGCUGUGUGGCGCUCUCUCCUCCACGCAAUGGUAAACUCAGCUCCUCAGACACCAGACCAGGGACCACAGUGCAAGUCGACUGUGAUGUUGGCUAUGUCUUUGAUCCCACAACUGGAGGUAUAAGUGUGGUUUGCCGUGUCGGUGGUUCAUGGAACUCAAGCCUAGGUGGAUGCAAGCAAGCAAAAUGCCCUGAGCUUUCCAAACCAGCCCACGGCAGUCUGAGCACGCCAACCACUACUGCUGGCACCAAAGUCAGUACGGAAUGCGACGGUGGCUACACCUUUGACUCCAGCACUGGAGACAUUGCUGUUGUGUGUCGCUCUAAUCAGACGUGGAGCUCAACCCUUGGAGGAUGCAAGGAAGUCAACUGCCAGAAGAUGAAUCUCCCCGACAAUGUCAACGUUGACUCCAAUGAGACGUCUCAGAAAACGGUCGUCUCUUUCUCUUGCAAUGACGGCUACACUCUGAGUGGGCCCAGCAGUAAGCUGUGCACCAGUUCUGGAGUCUGGAAUAACACUCAUGUCCCAAGUUGUGUUGCUGAUGCCAACAGCAAAGGUUCACUUAAUGUGGGAGCAGUUGCUGGUGGGGCAGCUGGAGCACUGGUGGUGGUUGUUCUGAUUGUCAUUGCCACUGCCCUCAUCUGCUGGAAACUCUCAUCGCGAUGCAACAAACUGUCAGGCUAUAGCAACCUGAGGCGGAGGCAACCAGGAGAGGCGGUGCACCUCUUCAGAGAUGAAGAUGAAGAAGCUGAAGAGCCUCUCUACAGCACAAACCAAACCGACGAAGGUCCUUUUGAACUCUAAUCUGAGUGUUUAACAUUCAGCUUGCCGUUAUACGUGACUAUUGCUCAUAAUCAAUUUAUUGUUACUGAUAAUCACUCCAUGUCAUUUUGCUGUGAACAAUAACCAUGUGCUUUCGUGCUUGGUAUGUGUUUUUGUAUAAUAAGCACUGUAUAUACAAUAAUGGAUAAUUAUGUGACUCUAAAGUACGUGUAAAAACACAUGCGAAAUAUUGCUUUGCUCGCCGAAAAUGUGUUACUU